UCCACUCAAGGACGACCGGUACCAAACGACCUUUGUGUCGGUGCCCAAGUCAUCGACCUUACGAUCGAAUCGAAGAUCUCAUAGCUCCGUGAAAUAUCUAGAGUUUUUCUAUCGAAUUCUUAUUCAUGUUCGUUUUUUUUAAUUUCUCACUGAUACAACUUUGUCUUUGCCUUUACCCUCCAGCUCCCAUAAGGCAACAGGCAUGUGUAUGGCAGGAAAAAUUCAGCCUAGACAGGAUAUGAGAUAACCUUUUCUGGAACCUUUUGGGCCAGUGAUUUCCUGUCAGUUUAAAAGUAAAAGCACAGAAAUACAAACACACACGCACCAAAAUGUCCAAAGUGCGAUCCGCUGACAGACCUCCAGACGGCGGGUGGGGUUGGGUAGUGGUGGCCAGCACGUUCUUUGUCAACAUGCUGGUGAUCGGGAACAUGAAGUCUUUCGGAGUGUUCUUCGCAGAGUUCCGGGAGGUUUUCCAGGAGAGUGCCGGAAUCACGUCCUUCAUCAGUUCUAUCCUAGGAGCUGUGCUGUUGAUGUGUUCUGUGUUUGCCGGUGCUCUGAGCAACCUGACCAGCUGCCGUACUGUGAUCAUCGCAGGGGGCGUCAUUUCUGCCGUGGGGCUUGUCGUCAGCUUCUUCGCGCAGACGAUGAUACACUUGUUCUUUAGCGUGGGGGUUCUCACAGGAUUUGGGUUGUCCCUGAUGUUCUCACCAAGUCUGGCUAUGAUUGGACGCUAUUUUGACAAGCGGCACGCCACAGCCAAUGGGAUCGGAGUUUGUGGAACGGGGAUCGGCAUCUUCGCUUUUCCUCCUCUCUAUCAGUUCCUCAUCGACGAAUUCGGGUGGAGAGGGGCUUUACUAAUUGUGGCCGGCAUACCAUUGAACGGCUGCGUCUGUGGUGCCCUAAUGAGACCCAUACAUCUCAAAGAGGAUCGCAAGGAAGAAAAAGUCGACAUCGAACCCCAGGGUAGUACUGAUCAAGAACCAAAGAAAAGGAUUUUUCAUUUCUAUGAGAAAGUCGUGGAAGCGUUCGACGUGACCUUACUGAAACACCGUCCUUUUCUUGUUUACUGUGUGUCGUUAUUUGGAACCUCGCUGGGCAACUCCAUGAUUUUUGUGCACCUUGUAGCCCAUGCUCAACACGUUGGAGUGGAGAAGACGCCAGCCGCUUUUCUACUGUCAAUCUUGGGAAUCUCAGAGGCGGUGUCAAGGCCCUUACACGGGUGGCUGUCGGACAGGGUACACAUCAGUAAGCUCUACUAUUACAUGAUUGGCAAUACCGGACUGGCCAUACUUAACAUCGCCAUACCGUUCGGGAGAACCUACACGGGCCUUGUGGUGUGCAUGGUGUUGUACGGAUUUUUCUCGGGCACCUUCAACGCGCUCAUAGCUGUAAUGGUGAAGACAUACAGCAGCGUUUCCAGGAUUUCCAGUGGUCUUGGGUGGGCGCUUGUCUUCGAGGGGGCCGCCUACCUACUCGGGCCACCUAUUGCAGGUUGGCUCUAUGACGCAACAGGCAACUACGACAUGUCUUUCUACGCGGCUGGUAUCUUCAUCUUCCUGUCUGCGGUCGUGCUUUUCGUCAUUCCCUGUUCAACAACAAGAGGGUCAUCCUCUCUUAGUUCUGACACCAGUGAGCCCAAUCAGGACGGAAUCAAGAUAGUCGCAUUCAGAAAUCUGGGUACAGAAACUGGUAGGAGUGACUCAUCAGGCCAAAGCAACCCUGGUUUUCAGGGAUGA